ACGUAAUGAUGAGCCAACGAUAUGAUCAGCGGUAGUGGAGGAGGAGGAGGUGGCGGGGUAGGCGUCAUAGGCGGGAGCAGUGGUAGUGGCGGCGGCGGGAGCAACAACAUUAGCGGCAGUGUGGUAAGCGCUACACGUCUCAGCCGCGCUCAGCAGCACCACCACCAACAACAGCAGCAGAGCAGCGGCUCGAGCGGCUUGGCCGCCAUAGCUGCAGCUGCCACUGGCGCCCAACCGAUCGCCACCAGCAGCGGUACACAUCGCGCACGCAUACUGCGUGGCCAUGCAGCACAAACAACCACCGGUGAGCGAGUGUUGCUUAUCAACUAUGUGUCGCCUAGCGCAUCGGCUGCUACAUCACCCAACACCCAGACGCACACGGUCAGCACAGUCGCGACGAGCGGUAGUGCUGGCACUACAACAACAACGCGCAAAAUCCUCCAUGCCAGAACGGCGGCAGCGACGCACGCGAACGUCAGCACCGCCACACCCGUCUCGUUUGCUGGCCUCGGUUCUGAGGUGACGGUGACGCUGACGCGUUCUGGUAAAUCGACCGCCGGUCAUAUUGUACGUAAUCAUAGUAUUGCCACUGAGACGACAGACCAACAGCAACAGCAACAACAGCAUCACCAUCAUGUGAGCAGCAGUUCGCCGCCGCCGCUGGUCUUCACGACGACGGCGCACAGCGAUUUGCAUCAUCACCAGCAGCAACAGCAGCAGCACGAAAUAGUUGAACAGCAAACACAUCAGCACCAUCAGUUGUUAACGCAUCGGCAAUUGCAGCAGCAGCAGCAGACAACAACGACGGUGCUGGAUCCUUUAGAUUUAGAAGAUCAGGAUGAAUAUCAGCAACAGCAACAACAACAUCAGCAAAUUAUCAUUGAGCAUCACGGUGGCAGCGCGCAGACACAGCAGCAGCAGACGAAUGAAGAAGAGAUGCUUGAGUAUGACGACGAAGAGGAGGUGGAAGAGCAUCACUUGCAGCAAUUGCAAGAGGUGCAGGAGCAGCAAGAAUGCGAUGGCGAUCAAGUGGAGGAAGUGUAUCUCAACUGAAAGCGGCGGCGUUGGGAGCUCAGAAGCUGCGGGGGCUGUCGCAGGGCGCAGUGAAUGUUGCGGAUGCUGACCGCUUAAUUUGUAAAAAUGUUUUUCAUCAAAAAUUUAUAGCUCGAAAACUUCAUAGAAGUUAAACCGCAGAUCAGAUCGUGAAAUCAGUUGGGAAAUCAUCAAAGUAAAACUUAAAAUAUCUCAAAAUUAAUUGUAAAUAGUUUAAUGUUUUACCUAUAAUAAUACAACAGAAAUUUUUAGCAAACAUGAUUUUCGUGUAUACAUAGUAACAAGCGGCGGCUUAAUAGGUUUAGAAUGAGCAACUCCAAGGCGCUCAUUAACUGAAAAUAAAAUACAACCUUAAAUAAUUCGAAUUCAGUUUCUGAAUCUCAAUUUUUGUAUCAAAAGUGUGGUAAAUAAUAGAAUUUUUUCAAAAUAUUGUUCCCCAUUGAACAUUUUCAGUAGUCUGUUUGUGGAAAUAAAGUUUAAUGGUGUAUUUGUGUAGAUUCAAUUAAAUUAAAAAUCAGUAAGUAUUACAAAUUUCGCAGCAGUAGAAUUUAAAAAAAAAAAUAUAUAUGUAUAUACAUACAUACAUACAUAUUUUACGAAACAUAAAAAAGCAUAUCUACUUUUAGAACUAAAACUGUUAGUGAAAAAAUGGACAUGCAUAUUAUUAAGUAUGUAAUAAUGUAUAGUAACUAAGUUAUUGUUAAUUAAUAAGUGGAUAGAUAAGUUAUUGUAGUAAAAUUUCAUACUUUCGAAAAUAAAAAAAAGUCGGAACUAUUCUUAAAUAUAAGCAGAAAAUUAAAUACAUAAUUUAAAAUAUACUGUGGCAAUGUCUUUAAUCUAGAUGCAUUUUUAGAAAAAAAA